AUGCAGCAGUUGGUUUUGAAGGUCCUCUGUGCCACUCUGCUGCUUAUUGCAGUGGUGCCCUCUGUAUACUCACAGUCAGAUUGUUCCCAAGCUGAGUCAUGUGACUUAUGUGUUGGAGACUCCAUGCUCAACUUGACAGGCUGCGUCUGGAAGCUUUGUCCAGGUAAUGAUACAGGCAUGUGUAUGAAUGAUGAGGGCAACGCGGAAGACAGUGCGAUGAACUGUAGCUGGACCAGAGUGUCUGAACUGUGUGCAGUUGUAGAGAAUGUUGCAGAAGGAGGAAGUGAAGGUGACUCAGGCAACCCAAAAUCAACCUCUGAGUUCUCCCAGGCCAAGUUUGACAUGUCCAGCUUCAUCGGAGGCAUCAUACUUGUGCUAUGCCUGCAAGCUGGCGGAUUUUUGGCCAUGCGCUUCCUCAAAUCCAAAGAACAGAGCAACUAUGACCCCAUGUGA